AUUUGUGUCUGUCGUUGGAUUUAUUCAAUACCGAAGCAGCUGUCGACAAAUGCACACAGUCAUUCAUUGUGAUUACUCCCACAGACGUAUUUGCACGCUGUCAGCAUUUAAACGAUUUUGAUAUGAUAUGCUGAGACUAAUAUGUCGGUAAAGACAUACUUUCUCUACGUCUUCAUACUGCUAACCUGCUGGACAGUUUUUGUGAGCUUUGUGAUAUUGUCUAAUGUUCACACACAUCAGUUACGAUCUAGUACGCGCCUUAAACCACUCAUACCCAGACUUUCCGCCAUGGCUAUCGCAUCGGACUACAGUGCGCAAGAUGGAUUUUCAUGGAAUAUAAUGUCCAGCAAAAUUGGAUCAAUGGGAAGGACAUCCAACACUAGUUACUAUAAGUUGAUUGGAAGCAAUAACGCCAUAUAUAGAGGGGAUUUUAUUCACUUGAUGAUAGUCGCCAAGGACAACAAUGGCAGUCAACGACGAUAUGGGGGCGACAUAUGGAUUGCAAAGAUGUACAACACCGAUUUUAAUUUUGGUACAACAGGAAAAGUCAUCGAUCACAACAACGGUACAUAUAGUGUGUACUUUUACGCUGGUUGGAGUGGAACCGUGACUCUUGAAAUAUUGCUUGCAUUGCAACGCGAGGCCAUUACAUGGAUGAAGACUUUCCAUAGACCCCAAGAACAUCGCGUGCUUUGGAUUGGAAUAUUUGACGACGGGAAACGCAUUGAACGCACCACGUGCUACAUACAACGAGAAGGAUUAUGGGAAAACAAAUGUGAAUACCCUCACAUAUCAGCUCUUGGGGAUACCACAUUUCUAUGUGACCCACCCAAGUAUUCACACUGUGGCAAUCUGUCCAUUCUAACACGUAAAAGGGACAUUAAAGGGCAAGAUUAUCUAAAAGACAAGAAAAAACACGAGUUUCUUUUUAAACAACCAAAUGCUAUGGUUCAAAUUCCCGGUACAAUAUCAAAAAUUAAAAUUAUAGAUCGAGAUACUGGCCAAUCCGACUAUGACACAUUCGCAGUACCGAAUUGUCGACCAAACUUGCCAGAGACUCUAAGUGAUGGUUACUGGUUAGAUGGACACUGGUAUUCGUUGACCUGUAAGAACAGUCAGUGGUCUAAUCCAUCCGAUGUACAACGUUGUCUUCACGGCAAAGACGUAUACUUCAUUGGGGAUUCUACUACACGCGAACUUUUUCAAAUCAUGAUCGAGUACAUUGGCUAUCCUGUGAAUGUAACUGAAGGUAAUUGGAGGGACAUCGUCGACCCCAUAGAAGGUAUCUAUGACGUCAGAGGAACGGAAGAAUUAAACUACGUCUGGACUCUAUACGAUAUCCCUCAUGACAUCAACCUGACAUUUCGUCACCAUGCUCUGACCUUCCAUCAUGAAAUACCAAUUCUGCGUUUUCCAUUUGAGACGGAUGUGAUACACAGAAUGCAGAGACCGGCGUGUGACUAUGUAGUGUUGGUGAGUUUGUGGGCGCAUUUCACUGGCUGGACGCUAGAUAGUUAUACAGACAGAUUGCACUCCAUCAAGCGAGCUUUGGAACAUCUUCGUCAUCGCUGUCCAGACACAAUUAUUUUGAUAAAGGGGUCACACGAUAGAGGUGAACAAAAUAAAUACAGUCAAUAUUGGCUAUUGUUUGAUAUGAUACGUAUCAUGAAAGAAGUAUUCUCUGAUACCAAUGUACAUUUCAUAGACACAUGGGACAUGAACACUGCAUAUGCCGCAUCAUUUGGCUCCAAGAUGAAAUUACACAUGCCUAUAAGGGCAGUGAAACAAGAAUUAGAAUAUAUAUUAUCUCAUAUCUGUCCAGAAAAGUAA